UAGCUCACUGCCAGUUGGUCAGGGGGCUCGUGAGUGCAGUUCGUUCUGUUGUCCAGGCGGCUGCGCGUGCUGCCGUGCUCGGCUGCAGUAUAUAAAGGCGGUCAGCGGUCAAAUCCCACACAGCCGCUCUCAGCGUUACGUUUUUGUUUUUUAAUUUAUUAUCACGCCGGAGUAGUUAGACUCUCCUUUUCACCGCCGGCAUCCGCGUCCUCUCAGUACCCGGAGGAGAGGGGGUCCAGCGCGGCGUGACACCGCGAGGAGCGACCAGCAUGGACCCCCAAGCGAAGGAUCGCACCAGCCCGGCGGCGGGGGGCUUAAGCGGGCGCCCGGCCUCUCUCGGAGCUGACGGGGGUGACUCGGAGUCCGGAGCCGGCUCGGAGGAGGCUGCCGUGGGCUGCUGCAGCGACACGUUCAGUAGCCUGCCUGACAUGGAGCAAGAGACUCUGGAGGAGAAAUUAAGGGGACUGGCGUUCAGAAAACAGACGUCGUAUCGGAAAGCGAUCUCCCGCUCAGGCCUCCAUUACCUCGGCCCACCUCAGCCCUCGCUUCCUCCUGCGUCCAACGGCCCCACCAAGGAACUACGUACCUGUGUGGACUGGACGGAGAACGCAGUGAAUGGGGAUCACCUGUGGAUGGAGACGAGCUGCUCAGGAGAGCUCUGUUAUCUCGGAGAGGACACCUGCGUGCUAAAGACAGCUAAGUCGGCCCCCAGGAGGAAAUGUGCAGCCUGUAAGAUUGUUGUUCACACCGGCUGA